AUCUCCAUCCAAAAACAAAUAAUAGAAGCCGGAGUCUACAAAUUCCAAGUCCGAAAAAGGAGAAGCAGCAGCCACAAUCUUAAAGGCCCCAUCAAAAUCUCAAAAUACCCACAUCGUCCCUCGUUCUUGUUUGUGUCCAGUGUCGACCACGCGUCUUGCAGCACUUACCAGCUCUUCACCAGGAAGCAAUGGAUUUUUUGUUCAAGGGGUUCAAUGAAGACACAUCUUAUUGUCAAUUCGAUGAGAAGAACGUUCAGAGAUGCCCUUUUUUGCGAAACAUCAACAAGCCAACUAAUUUCUCAUUUUUUUCUGUGAAUUUUCCCAGUCCUGUGAGGGGAGCCAAAGGUCCAAUAUUUGAAGAUGGUCCAAAUUUUGAUAUGGCAUUUAAACUAUUUCAUGGGAAAGAUGGGGUGGUUCCACUGAACAGGUCUAAUUUCCGUAAUGACAUUUUGGAACCUGACUCAACACCCCAAUUCAACCCUUUAGCAGCAAAAGCUGCCACUAUUAGUUUAUCUGCAUUUGGCCCAGGUGGACCAUUUGGCUUUGGUUCCUUCAAUGACAAGUGGAAGAAUCAAAAGAAGAGAUCUGAUUCCACCAACAAAAGUGAUCCAUCUUCUCAGAAAGGAAACACCUCAAAGCAUGAGGCACUGGGAAAUGAGUGGUUAGAAACAGGGAACUGUCCAAUUGCUAAAUCUUAUAGAGCUGUCAGUGGUGUACUCCCCCUUGUGGCAUCGUCUCUUCAACUGCCUCCUGGCAUGAAGCUUAGAUGUCCACCUGCUGUAGUUGCUGCACGGGCUGCCCUUGCUCCUCUUCAGAUCAAGAUCCAGAAGCCGUGGCAGGAAUGAUGCUAUAAAUAAUGGAACUACAUUAUAUGUGACUGGCCUGUCUACACGGGUAACAGAAAGGGACCUAGAAGAACAUUUCUCCAAGGAGGGAAAGGUAGCGUCUUGUUUUCUUGUUGUGGAGCCCCGUACGCGCAUUUCUCGUGGUUUUGCUUUUGUUACGAUGGACAGUGUUGAUGAUGCAAACCGUUGCGUUAAGUAUCUUAAUCAGUCAGUUCUAGAGGGCAGAUAUAUUACGGUCGAGAAGGUAAUGUUAUUGUACCCUGGUCUUGAACACGAGUCAGUUUCAACUGGAUCCUUCCUUCUUAACUUGAAGGUUUUCUGGUUAUAUUCAGAAGAUAUUGUCAGCUAUGUUGGCAGCAAUCAAAGAUGAUCAGUUCAUCCAUGUCACAACUUAAGUGAAACAGCUUGAUCAAUGGCCAGCUUAAACAGCUUUUCAAAUGCUUGUGAUCAACUAAACAUAGCAACUAUAUUGUUCAACAACUAUACAACUUCAGCAUUCAAUUUCAACUCUCAACUAAAUCAACGGACAUUACCAACAGCAUUCAAUUUCAACCCUCAACUAAUCAAGGACAUUACCAACAACUUUCUAGUCAGGCUUAUGUCACGGAGGAAACGAGCCAGAACUCCAACACCGGGGCACUAUCUUGGGCUGAAAAGCAAUAGGGACUAUGGUUAUCGUGGAGAUCGAGGUAGAUAUCGUGGCCGUGAUGAUUAUCGGAGGUCUCCUAGGCGCUCCCCUUAUCGUGGGGGUCGGGAAUAUUCUCCCAGGCACUCCCCCCCUAUGGUGGAAGGUCGAGGAGGGAGAGGUCCAGAUCACCCUACUCUCCUCCUUAUCGUGGCUCUAGGUGAGGCCAUAUGGCCUAUUAUUCCAUAUAGGAAUCAUAGAGAUGUAGUGUUAACUGCUUAUGGGCUUUGAGCAUCGAUUAUGUUGUUUGUAACGCCUGAAAUGACUUGCUGCGUUCAUUUAGGACAUGUAGUUGUGUGUUGCUACUGAAACUCGUGGUUGAACAAUUGUUUAUGAAAUGGUACGCUCGUGCGGUAAAAUGGUUUUUAUUUC